UUAAAAAAAAUCUCGGUACGAAAUCAAGAAAAGCAUAUUUACAGCAAGCAAUUCUUUUCCUCCUUCAUCAUCGGUGAAAUGCUUCCAUUUUUCUAAUCUUUACGCAAUUGUCCAUGUGAGCCUUUUUCGAUCCCAGUGUUACUUCAAUUCCAGUCUCUAUCUUAAUCCAAUUUGAAACUCACUCUUCUUCUUCUUCUUCUUCUUCUUCUUCUUAUCUUCUCUUAAUCCGCCCUCUUUCUCUCGUUCUUGAUUCAUCUCAUCACAAUGGGUCGUUUCUCUGCUUCAUGACUGUAUGCUCACUGUGGAACAACUAAUUACCCAUUGAGGAAGAUGGGAUGCACUUCUUCCGUUCCGACGAAGAUAUAUUCUAUUGGGAAGAAGAAGAAACUGAAUAUCCCUCAAGUAGUUGUUUUCAUACCCAAGCUGAGAAUUCCAGUAGAAUUCGAUAUUAGAAAGUCGCUUAAAGGUUUAGUUCCACGAGAUCUUCUUGAUAGGUUGUUUUCGCUUCGGAGUCAGAUCAUUUUGAUUGCCGAAGAUACAUGUGGAUCUGCUAUCCAUGAACUACAGCGAGCUCUAGAGGAUUACUUGCCUGUUUUGCUUGGCUUGACCAAGAAAGAAUUUGGCCUUGAAGGGAUGGUAGAAUUCAAGUGGAAAAAUUUACUAGAUGGGAGACAAGAAUGUUGUUUGACAAGCUCUUGGUUUGAAGUUCUAUCUGUUGUACAUAUGAUGGCUGUCCUGUUACUAUCAGAGGCUAAUGCUUUGCUUAUAAAUCCCACGAGUACCGGGGAAGGUAGCGAAACGAGUAUCCCCGAAGAGAGUAAAAAGGAUGCAAUUGAGUUACUGAUAAAAGCGUCGGGAUACUUGGAAUUCUGCGUCCGGUGUAUACUGGCUCCACUCCCGCAAGAAAUCAAAUCGAGAUUACCGAAAGAUAUGCAGGAGGGUAUUUUAGAGGCACUUUCCAUUCAAGCAUUGGGCCAGGGCACAGAAUUGCAGCUUGGAUUGGCUGUUGAAAGCAUUAAAGCUACUUUGUCAGUGAAGAGAAGGCUGGCAUGUGAACAGCUAACUUAUUAUGCUCAGGCUCACUUCUGUCUAUCUGCAAGUAAUUUGAGUGAAGAAUAUGGAAAGAAACAUCUCUCGUUCAUCAGAUGGAAGUACUUAGAAGCUAAGGCAGCAGCAUAUUACUACCACGGCCUGAUACUUGAUAAGGGCAAGGACCCAUCAAGUCACGUCAUUGCUGCAUGUUGCUUUCUAGCCGCUGACGAACUUUUAACCAAUAGCAGACAAGCAUGCCUUGGCUUUUGCAUCGCAAAACCAGUGACCAGGGCUCCGCCAGUUUGGGGUAUUAUGAAGCAUUUACAUCACAAAAUUCCUGACAUUGCAUCAAGAAAGUCUCAGAUGUAUGGUUACCUCUUAGAAGAAGAGAAGGCUCUCCAAUCAUUACCCGAUUUACCGGAUUUUCAGUUGUCUUUAAGACCAGACGACUUCAAUAUGCCGGAAAUCGAUCCAGCGUGGGAAUGCGAGAAGUGGGAACCGGAGGUUCAAACUCUAAAAGAACACCUCAAAGAUGGCGAAGAUGUGAGCCAAGCAUAGAAUUAUAUUAAUAUCGCUUUCUCAAUGUUACUUCCUUUUUUUGUUUCCUCUAAUUUCUGAUAUAUCUCAAUAUGUAAUUCUGUUUCUGCUUCUUUAAACUCACUUUUGUGUAUGUGUGUUUGUAAUUUGUAUAUGUAAAAGAUUAGAA